AUGCCAACCGUUCCCAUGUUCAAGAAGAAGACAGUAGUAGAAUGGGAGAAGGCAGAACAGAACAGGGCACUUGGAUAUAAUGGCCACUCGAGCCGAACAAAGAGGAGGCAUGACAAGGCUGCAAGAGAGCUUGCAGAGUACCGUGAAAAGAGGAAAACAUUCCAGUCAUGGAUUGUGUACCUCUCCAACGAGUCAGAUGAUGGGACAGAAUCUGAUGGUGAUGAUAGCGACAGUGAUCAGCCAGCUGUUCCGCCAUUGAAAUGGUGCAAGCUCAAUAUGAAGAAGGCAUUAACUUCGAUAGAAAAGCUUUUGAAGGCGAAAAAAAUGGUGUUUGUUGGAGGUCCAAAUGGGUUGCAGGCAAAAUGUGCACACUCGAUCCAGAGUUACCUCACAAUGGUCAUCAAGAUGAAACAGCUCUCCAUUGAUGCAUCACAGAGGGCAGUGGAAAGUCAUGGAUUUGCUGCAAACUGGGGUGGCCGCCAAGUGCGCAGCUGGACCAGGCUGUGGGUGGCAGAUUGCAAACUCCCCGAAUCUUUACAAGGUCGACAUGCGAAGGUGUACUCCCUUCUCAGUGAUCCCAUGAUUGCCACCGAGCUGCAUGCAUAUGUCUGCUCAAACAAAUGGGUCGUAAAUCCAGAAAAGCUCAUUCAACUCUCACAAGAUAAGCUUAUCCCUGCUGAAGCCACAAAAUACAUGCAAAACCUUGUUGAGGAGGAGAUGCUGUGUGGUCUGAAGAAGUACAUGGAGCUUGAAAUAUUUCCUGCCUGCAAAUCCAGAUUGGUUCAAUUUGCUGUUGGCAACAUUGAUACUGAAGUGCCAGCCAAUCUGUCAAAUUAUGUUGAACGUUGUUUAGUUCUCUGUGCACACGACGAAAUGACAGCACAAGCCAAUGAUGCAGUUGGCCAGUAUUGGGUUUUUGAGGAUGAAUUCCAUCUGCGGAAAAAGGAAGCAGGUCGUGGACUUCACCGAAGUGAUGUCAUCUGCUCCACGGUUGGUCAUUUGGUCGAAGUGGGAGAAACAAUGAAAUAUGGCAAGAACCACAAAGGCUAUUGGUGCGGUGAGAAUUUCUGCACUCAGCUUACUGAGAAAAUCAUCCCCACAUUUGAGCGUGCUCAUGGUCCUGGAUAUCAAGCACUAUUUCUCAUUGACAACUCUCAAGGACAUUCCACAUAUGCCGAGGAUGUGCUUCUUGUCAGCCGAAUGAAUAUCCAUCCAGGGAGGAAACAGGCCAGCAUGCAGAAUGGGUGGUUUAUCCAAGAUGGCAUAUGA